AUGCAACCACUCACUCCAUCAAAUGAUUCUCAACCAGAUCUUGAAGAGUGUGACGCGGCCAGCUCGGAAUUGACUAGCUUGAGCAGUCUUGACGAGGACUUGACUAGUAUUGACGAGAUUACCGAGAAGACCACCAAAACACAAUCCAAUCGAUCUUCAUCUCUCUCAAGUUUGUCUUGUCGAAACACGGAUACUGAAAACCCUACGCCCAUGGUAUCUAAGAAACCCAAAAAGCGAAAGCGCAAAGAAGCAGCGUUUGUACUCAUCAAAUUUUUCCUGAUUACCUGA